UCGCGCCGCUCAGCUUAAUGGCGGCCGCCUGCAGGAAUACUUUUUUUAGCCGCGCCGAUGCCGCCUGCGUUGGGGCUCUUCCAGAUGGCUACGCCUUCUGCCUGGGUGUAGCUGUAACCGCCCAGGGUAACGUUACCCGGCCAAACGAGGUCGGGUUUGGCAAACCAGUAACCCUGCGAGAAGCUGCAGCCCUCGCCCUCUUCCGGAAUGGGGCAGCCUAUGCCGGGGAAGCAGAUGUUACUGCAGCCGCUCACGUUGCCGCUCUUGUAGAACCCGAACCCGGUGAGGUCUACGUCCAGGU